AGUUCAAUUUGCCCUCCACAUGCCAUUCGGGAUAAUAUGUUCGGCCCAUGAUGGAACGCAUUGGACCCGUACUGAUAUUUUAUAGAGCGUCAUGCCGGGUGAGGAACGUGAUCAAGAGGAGCAGGCCAAGGCUUGGUAUGACGAACCCACCCGAGCUCGCAGUCGGUUACUCGAGACGGAGAAUGUGCGCCUCAAGAGGCUCUUGCGAGAGAAUGGUAUCUCCUGGGACCCCCGGUUGACUCUGGAUCCGAACGAUCGAACUAGAGGCUCCUGGUCUUCUCCCAAGCGGUCCCGGACUCGCAAAUCCAAGGGCUCCGUAUCACUCGAGCGAGAGAAUUCACACCUGCCGAUGCUUCCCGUGGAGAUCCAACUUUACGUCCUGGAGUAUGCUUUAACCAGCAAGACCCCCAUUAUCGACCCUCUCUCCAAGUCGAACCGAGACACCUUGUCGACCGCCGAAAGAACGGCCGAUAACCAGCUUGCGAUUGGCUUCCUCGCCACCUGCAAAGCCUACCUCGUCGAGGGCACUCGCUUUCUAUGGAGCAAUAACACGUUUGUCUUCACCAGCCACCUGGCUUUGCGCAACUUCGCCAACUUGGGCCUUGAGCACCGCAAGGGUAUCAAGGAGGCGACCUUCCGUAUUAUCGCGCGCUACUACGAUGACGAGGAGCGGAAGCAUCUCGCCCCGUACCCUUCAAUAGUCGACACCUACUUCAAAACGAUAAAUUUGAAGACGACUCUGCGGACCAAGGAGGACAGUCUCGCUCGCAAGGGAUUUCGCAGCUACGCAUGGGAGCAAGUUGUGGACUUCCUCGACGCGAUGCGGCCGCCUUUUGACCCCCAUCACCCCAAAGGGCAACCGCGCCCUCGUCUUUUGCCUGGGUUGGAAUCUCUGAGGAUGGAUUUCGUCAACUUCCCCGAUAGUUUCCUUAGCCCAGGUUCGGGAUCCUUCCUCCACGGCUUUGCGUCGCACGAUCUAGGCUGCACACUAAACGAACUGCAACUUACCGGCCUCCCGGCCUGCGAUCUCGGAGAUGAGCUGGUGUCUGAGUUGUCAGGCAUGAUCAAGGAUGAGGGUCUCCUCCUUAAAUCGGACGCUACUUACGUUUACUCUGGGAACCAACUCCGCCAGAUGUCAAAUCGCGCGAAAUGGAUGCCAUCGUGGGAAGCCAAGGUAGUUCGUUCGUGGAAGGUCCUUGCAGACGAGUAUGCACGCAGCAAGAGCAAGCCCUCAGUCCCACAACCCUCGCAUCCCCACCACUGCCAUAGCCACGCCGGGCACCACAGAAUGCCACCCGCCCCCAAGGAGGAGGGGCACCCGGAAUCCCCGUGGAAGGCACGCCGAACCCUGUUUAAGCGGAUACCGAUUGAGCAGGAUUGUGAUGACCGCGUUUGGGCCGAGUUCGACCGGCUCACCGGCCGUGAAAUCGACCCCGCCGAGUACGAUAUAGAGGACGACGAAUACGACAUAUCCGAUCUCGUCUGUCCCCAUUGCGAUGUCAUGCACCCCCCCUCCGGCGAGCACUAAUGGAUGAAUUUGGUAGAUCUCUCUGUUUUGCUUGUCCUGGUGAAAGGACGAAGGAUCAUUGCAGCAGUGCAGUCCCCACCCAGCCUAGCUGGGGAUGCAUUGACUCUGAUGUCGCGGUUCCCAUGUUACAAUAGCUUGGCCAUCGGCCUUGUUCAUGAGUUCAUGUCUUGCUUUCUUACAAUGUCUUGAACGGUUUAGGGUCCGGAAAGGGAGGGGGCAUCAUCAUUUACACGGGGUAUUGCAGCAUCUGAAGGUGUAAUGAAUGGGUAUCGGCGUCAAUGGGGAGGGAAAGGGUUAAGAGAGGUAUCGGGGCGGAACUCCCAGUUAGAUACCCAUAUUACCUCUAGCGUUGCUUCUCAACGGAUAGCUUCAAUGCACCAGCUUGUCAAACUCGAAUGCGGCCGCGGGGCAACGUCUAGGGAUGAUGGAC